UUUGGCUUCCUAUCCACUCCCGCACGCCGUACUUUCAAAGGGUUAGGGUUGUACCUCCAACCGCCGCAACAGCAAUGGACGGCAUCGGGGAAGACACCGACGACUGGAAUCGCACCAUCGCGGUGAUCACAGCCAAGAGUACCGACUCCUCCAUACCCAAAACACUAAUCCUCAUCGGGGCCAUCAAGUCCUCCAUGAGCCGCCUCCCCUCGUCGAAGCUCCUCAAGCCCUUCAUCUCUUCCCUCGAGGAGCUCUCCAUCAGCAACACCUGGCUCUCCUCGUUUGAUGGACUGCCUCGACUACCGGUCCUCUACAACCUCUACCUCCCUGACAACCUCGUCUUGGGCGCUGCCACCCUCGACACCGUCGCGAAGUCCUGCGACGCCACUCUCCAUCUCCUUGAUCUGGGUAACAACUUAUUCGCCGAGGUCAACAAGCUCGCCGCUCGCCGCCUCGCCGACAUGAGGGUUCAGUCGCUUGACCUGUUCCACUAUCCCGUCACCAAGGUGGAGGGGUACAGGGAGAAUGCGUUCACACCGAUUCCUAGUUUAAAGUACCUGGAUGGAGGUUAUGACCAGCCAUGGAUGACAUGUAUUUUGGUGGAGGAGCCUGUCUUACCUCUCAAAAAUAGACGGCAUUACUAUCCGGGUACCGGCACCAGAGGAUUAUUGUGCCAAGAAUCCAGCCUACUAUAAAACCAGAGGAUUCAGAUCCUGAUAUUAUGGCUUUGUUUGACCUUCAUAAGGAACUUUCUGAAAUACAAGCUGGUCUUGUGGGCAUCGUGGAUGCCACAACAUUUUGCAAAUAAGGGAAUUGAAGAAAUGCGAGCCCCCUAAACUCUUGAUGUUCUUGUGGCAUAGACAUUGAC